GUUUGGUUCAUGGAACAGUCUGAAAGGUCACUGGUGUAAUGAACAACAAAUGGACGUGUCAUGGAAAAACUGGUAAUAAUUUGUCAUGUAAACCUUUUCUUGAAGCUAUCUGAGAAAUAUGGCGAGGUAUUUAGCAUCAAGCUGGGACCCACAACUGCAGUGGUGCUGACCGGUUAUGAAGCAGUGAGGGAUGCUCUCGUCAACAAUGCAGAUGAAUUUGGAGAGAGAGCACACAUCCCAAUAUUUGAAGUGGUUUCAAAAGGACACGGUAUUAUUUUUGGUCACGGGGAGUCAUGGAAGCAAAUGCGAAGAUUUGCCCUCACCACAUUACGAGAUUUUGGAAUGGGAAAGAAAACCAUUGAAGACAAAAUAAUUGAGGAGUCAGAUUUUCUGGUAAAAAUCAUUGCUGCUUAUCAAGGCCAACCGUUUAAUCCAACGGUCCAACUGAACUCUGCUGUGGCCAAUAUAAUUUGCUCUAUAGUUUUUGGUGACAGAUUUGAUUAUAAGGAUGAAAUGUUUGUCAGUUUAGUAAAGAGAGUGAAUGAGAACAUUCAACUUCUUGGUUCACCUGUGGUACAUCUGUACAAUGCAUUUCCACUCCUGAGAUUCCUUCCAGGAAGACACAAUAAAGUGCUUACCAAUACAGAACAGACUAUGAAUUUCCUUAAAGGUUUCUUCAAAGAAAAUCGUCAUAAACUAGAUGGCAGUGACCUGAGGAGUUUUAUCGAUGUGUUCAUGAUCAGACAACAGAAGGAAUCGGACAACCCUAAUUCAUACUUCCAUGAAGACAAUUUAAUGUUCACAACUAGUAACCUGUUUGCUGCAGGGAUGGAGACCACCUCAACCACACUUCGUUGGGGAAUGCUUCUGAUGAUGAAAUAUCCAGAGAUCCAAAGAAAGGUUCAUGAGGAAAUUAUCAGAGUGAUUGGAUCUGAGCGAUAUCCCAGAGUUGAAGAUCGGAAAGAUAUGCCGUACACUGAUGCAGUGAUCCAUGAAAUCCAGAGGUUUGGGGAUAUUGUACCACUGGGCAUAACACAUGAAACAACAGCAGACGUAAAUUUCAGAGGAUACUUCAUUCCAAAGGGAACCCAUGUAAUCCCAUUGCUGUCCUCUGUGCUGUAUGAUAAAACCCAAUGGGAAAAACCAAAUGAGUUCAACCCAUCUCACUUUCUGAAUGCUGAGGGCAAGUUUGUGAAGAGAGAUGCCUUCAUGCCUUUCUCUGCAGGUCGAAGGAUUUGUGCUGGUGAGACCCUGGCUAAAAUGGAGCUGUUCCUCUUCUUUACUACACUGAUACAAAAAUUUAAGUUUCAAGUCCCACCGAAUGUCAGUGAACUGGAACUUGAGUCUGGAGUGGGUUUUACUUCGUUCCCAAAGUACCAAACUGUGUGCGCUCUUUUCAGCACAGGAGCUGAGCUCGAAUAUAAACUGCGGCCCCUCCUGUUGCCAGUUUCGAUCCCGGGAUGUCGAUUCGGCUUGAAAAAUCCCGGGGUCAUCAACUUCGUGGAUGCCAUCACCCUGGUGUUGCUGGGGGCUCUGACCAUUAUCCUCCUGCUGUAUUUCAACAGCGGCUUGAAAAAUCCUGGAGUCGUUAACUUCCCCCCGGGACCCCCUUCUCUCCCAGUGAUCGGGAACCUGCACAUGUUGGAUCUGAAGAAGCUGAACAAAUCAUUGAUGAAGAACGAGGGGCAGCAGAGUCUGAGAAGCAGGGCCAGACCAAGCAGGCAAAAUGGUAUUACUUUUGGUCACGGGGAGUCAUGGAAGCAAAUGCGAAGAUUUGCCCUCACCACAUUACGAGAUUUUGGAAUGGGAAAGAAAACCAUUGAAGACAAAAUAAUUGAGGAGUCAGAUUUUCUGGUAAAAAUGAUUGAGGCUUAUAAAGGCCAACCAUUUAAUCCAACUAUCCAACUGAACUCUGCUGUGGCCAAUAUAAUUUGUUCUAUAGUUUUUGGUGACAGAUUUGAUUAUGAUGAUGAAAAGUUUGUCAGUUUAGUAAAGAGAGUGAAUGAGAACAUUCAACUUGUCGGUUCACCUGUGGUCCACCUGUACAAUGCAUUUCCACUCCUGAGAUUCCUUCCAGGAAGACACAAUAAAGUGUUUACCAAUACAGAACAGACUAUGAAUUUCCUCAAAGGCUUCUUCAAAGAAAAUCGUCAGAAACUAGAUGACAAUGACCUGAGGAGUUUUAUCGAUGUGUUCAUGAUCAGACAACAGAAGGAAUCAGUGAACCAUAAUUCAUACUUUCAUGAAGACAACUUACUGACCUCGACGAAUAACCUGUUUGCUGCAGGGAUGGAGACCACCUCAACCACACUUCGUUGGGGAAUGCUUCUGAUGAUGAAAUAUCCAGAGAUUCAGAAAAAGGUUCAUGAGGAAAUUAUGAGAGUUAUUGGAUCAGAACGACAUCCAAGAGUUGAAGAUCGGAAAGAUUUGCCGUACACUGAUGCAGUGAUCCAUGAAAUCCAGAGGUUUGGGGACAUCGUACCACUGGGCAUAACACAUGAAACAACAGUGGAUGUAAACUUCAGAGGACACUUCAUUCCAAAGGGAACCCAUGUAAUCCCAUUGCUGUCCUCUGUGCUGUACGAUAAAACCCAAUGGGAGAAACCAAAUGAGUUCAACCCAUCUCACUUUCUGAAUGCUGAGGGCAAGUUUGUGAAGAGAGAUGCCUUCAUGCCUUUCUCUGCAGGUCGAAGGAUGUGUGCUGGUGAGACCCUGGCUAAAAUGGAGCUGUUCCUCUUCUUUACUACUCUGAUCCAAAAAUUUAAGUUUCAUGUCCCACCGAAUGUCAGUGAACUGGAACUCGAGUCUGGAGUGGGUUUUACUGCGUUCCCAAAGUACCAAACUGUGUGCGCUGUGCGUCGCUGAUGUAGCCACCUCAUUCAUGAUUUAAUGUGAUUUUCGUUUGCACAAACAUUUAAUCAUCUGAAUAAAAGCGUUCCCUUGUUUCUUCACACAGUGCCUGUCAAAUUGGGCUGAGUCAUCAUCAUUAUAUUUACUUUUAUGAUGUGACAUUCACUGUACAAGCUAGCUCUGUCACAAAACACAAAGGAGUUAGAAGGAUCAGUGACUUCCUGUUCCUUUUCUCAGGGGGUGAUAAAUGGGGUCUAACUUGAUGUGUUUGUUGAUAGCACCACCCCCUGAGAUAAGAAACAGGAAGCGACAUCACCACAGGAAAUAACAUCACCACAGGAAAUGACACCAUCAACCCAAAGAAACCCAAACAUAUAAAUAUAAAGUAGGAAUUUUUCAGUAUUGUUUCGCCAAAGGCCCACUGAAGAUGUUACCUAGUGGGGUAAUGAAACAUCUGGAAAUGAACCUUCCAGCUCAGUGAACAAACCAACAUUCUAAACCCCAACUUGAGCUACAAAUCUUCUCAAAACUCGCUAAUGCCUAUUUGUUUAAUGUAUAAUGGUGAACAGACAUUUGUACAGUCAAUAACUUACCCUGUAAGUAAACAUGAAGGUUAUCAACUCUAGACAUAUUUGUGGAGAUUUAAUUAUUUGACCUCUAGCCUCUGCGUGCCCUAACCUCCAGCGCUGCCUAUGUCACUUCCAUCAGUUGACCAUCCUGUGUCCGGGCCAACCAAUUAUUGAACAGCCUCUUUCUUGCAAAGUUUGAUCAUUCUUUACUGUCAGCCUUUUAUUCUCCCAUUAUCUUUUCUUUACAUAAAUACUAACUUCUCAAAAAACAUCACAGCGAGUUUUGAAAUGGCUUAUAGCUCAGGUAAGAGGGGCAAGGUAUUAACACAGAGAGAGGUAGGUGCCUGGAACAUACUGCUGGGGGUAGUCCUGAAGGCAGAUACAAUAGGAGUGUUUAAAAGGUUUAUAGAUAAGCACAUGAAUAAAUAUAUCCCUCUAGGGUUAUGGACCAUUGGCAGCAGAAGGGAUUAGUUUAACUUGGUGUCAUAUACGAUACAACACUGUGGGCUGAAGAGUGUGUUCCAUGCUGUACUGUUCUAUUUUCUACAAUUAUAUAUAUUUUAGUCUGCUUUUCAGUUUUGUCUUUGGGACACAUUUAAAUCAUAAUAAUAAUGUAUGGAAGGAGGCUUAUUGUGUUUAUUGCUGACUCUUUGAUGCAGCUAUCCAUACUCUUUCCACGAUUAGCCCGGGGAAUUUAUCCCAAUUGGAUAUUUAUACUUUUGGAGGUUCUGACUAAGGCAGCAAAAUCCAACUCUUAAUAACUCGCUGUGUAAUUUUUUUCUCAGAAAUCCUUGGACAUUUUGUUAAUUAAAUUGAUGAUCCUGAUGCCAUUGGAAGCAAAUGUUCUUUAUCUGUUAUUAAAUAUUUCAUGAUUUUGUAAACUAUCAAAUCUUUUCCAUGCAAAAUAACUUUGUUGUCCCAAAAUAUGGUUCAUUAAUUGAUGAACUGUUGUUGCUGUGCUCUUAAUAAAUUAGAUGUUGCAAUGUU